GCUAAUUACAAAUUACAAUAUUUCAAUUAUGGAAGGAUUCAAACAUCCCGUUUAACUUUAAAUAAUCAAAUUUCUUUAGCAAAAAACGUGUAAGAAUAAAGAUACACAUGUAAUUGAUGUAAUAAUUUGAGUUUUGUGACCGUUACAUUUGUAAGUAGUGUGACUGCGAAGUGCAAAAUGAAAUCAAAUAAAAAGCGUUUUCGUAAGAAAGCUAAGUUUGAUGAAAGUGAUACGGAUUCACUGUUAACACCAUGCUUUCAAAUUAAUCCAGAUGUUGUAUUAAAAGAAGUACCAACAACAGGGGAAGAAUAUCUUUUAAGAGUAAUCAAAGAAAGACAGAGUUUUGCUUCAGUAUCAAGAUGUGACAAAGACUAUUCAAAAUAUGCUAAAAAUCAGUCGUGUUUUGCAGAGGAGUUACCACAUUCAAAAGCACCAGAUAAUCUAAGGCCUACGAUAGAAUGGCAAAAUGUUCAAGUAGCAGAUUUUUCAGAGGUUCGAAUGUAUGUUUCAAAACUAUUAAUAAAUAAAUCAUUAUGGCCUGUUGAGAUUCAGAAUAUAGAAGUAGAUCCUUAUAAUAUUCCUGCCUGGAAGAACUUAUUUGAAAGAGAUCCAAAACUAUCUUGUGUUCUCGGACUACACAGUGCUUUGCUAGACCGUGGUUUAGAAAUACUUACUGAAAUAUUAGGUGAUGUAAAACCUGGAAAUACACUUGAUCAUAAAACAGGUCAGUGGAUUUAUGCAAUUCUUGCAUGUACAAGACAACCCCUCAUAUCAGAGACAACUAGCAUUUUAAGGAACUUGGCUAGAAAAUGUGCAGAAAUAAGGUCUCAUCUCGAUCCAGACGAUGAAAAUUCAAAAAUAGCAGCUACUCCCCUGAAUAUUUUUAUAUGCCUUGUAUCUCGAUACUUUAGACAGUAUGACUUAGCUGAUUGAGCUGAAAAAUAAUACUGUAAUAAACGUUUAUUACUUCUUGCUUCUUCUGCUUUCAUAAACGUAUCAAUGAUAAUAAAGCAAUGAGUAGACUAAAUAGGUAAAACAUUUGAUUUUUUUUUUUGUUUAAUUCACAAUAAUUCACCUCUCAAUAAGUCUAAGACUUCUUAUCUGAUUUCUUACUUUUCUAAUGUUCAUUUUAAAAGGAAUAAAACAUUUAAAGGUAGUUUUUUAUCUAAUACUAAUAUAUAAAAAAAAAACUUGUAUCUAUUGUACUUCUAUACAAGUUUUCAGAAUUAUAACUCGGUUAUGAAAAGCUGUAAUAAAAUGUAAUGACAAAAUGUGUUCUUAAAGGUAUAGGUAAAUGAAAUAAGUUUUGAACAAAA